AUGGCAGCUACUCAGGUUGCAGGGCAAAGCUCUGUCAUUUCCUCCACGGACCUCCCAGUCCACGCGGGCAAGCAACAACCCGCUGAGUACGACCUUGACCAAUGCAUCGCGGCAAUAAAGGGCGAAAAAGUCCCGUCUGAUGUGACCUCUUUUUGGCAUCGUAGAGCAGUCAUUCGCGGGAUCCGUGACUCACUUCAAUUUGCAACAAGCCCGACAAUCAUUGAGCUAUGUUCCGGCGACGAUGCACAUCAGUUUUCUCGCGCGCGCAAUGCUCGCCUGAUCAUGAGUAACGUCAUCCCCGAUAUGCAACCUGCCACCGAGCCAUACUGCAUUUGGUAUCCAGAGUUUGCAUCGGAAGAAACCUAUCGCGAGCUCGCUAGUCGGUAUCCAUCUAUGCGCUACCAAGUCGGCCGCGCGUGUGCUGCUGCUUUGUAUACGGAUCUUUACAAAGAAUUGGAUCUUCUGCCAGACGUCUCUAUUGCUGAAGAAGCCUGUAAUGCUGCCGAAGACGCCGAAAUCUUCAAAAUCAUCAUGUCGGCCCCUCAAAGAUGGGCUGUUAUGGAUGAUUUCACUCGAUCGGUUAAUCUUACAAGCCCACAAGCACCCGCAUUUCUAAACGGCAAUAUGAAGCCCCGACGGGCUUUGAGCCAGCGUGUUCUUCCUCCAGAGAACUUGCCAGAUACAACUGCAGAUGAUAUUGACAUCGAGGAAGAUGGAUUUAUUGGGUUCGAGGAAGAAAUUGAAAUAGAUCGCGAUGCGAUACUCGGCCCAGGAGACUCGGAGGAUUUGUGGAUGCCUCUUUCGCCUGAUCUUCCAGUUCUUGACAAACGCCUUCCAACGCAAAUGGCUGCAUGGGAGGGUAAUGUGGAUAGAUACGCUCGAUUCAUGCACCCACGGAGGCUCAGAACAGAAAUUGAAUACAAUUGUAUUCUUCGUGGGAUUUAUCACCAUACAAGUUUUGCCCGAUGGUGGGCCUAUCAGCUGGAAACCAACCCUGGGCGAAUCAUUCUCCCAGGUAAAUUGCUCAGCGAAGGCAAUGAGCGCGAGCGUCGCGAGAUUCGCACUGCGAUAAAUGCUCGUAGAAUCAUGAACAAUGAUAUCUCUGACCUUGACGAUGACUCUGACUGCCUCCCUUGGCUUAUCUGGUGGCCUGUGCGGCCUCAUGAGAACACUUUGCGUGAGCUGGCUGGCAAGUGCCCUUCCAUGAGACCGCAAAUUGCGAUCACCUCCAUACUUUGUGACUACCAAUCGCUUUUCAUGGCGUUGAAUCCCCCUCCCCGUGAGUCCUAUUUCGAGGCUGCCAAACAGAGCAGAAACCCUUACUACUUGCAAUAUCUGGAGGAGUUUGUCAGGGAGCGUUCAAUUGGAAGCGGAAAAAUCUCAGAGUUCGACCCUUAUGACACCACCAAGAAAACGAGUUUGGGGCCUGAUUUGGAGCCCAGGGACUUUUUGACCCAUUCCUCUGUCAAGUUUUCUGAUAUGGCUGUUCCUUGGGGGCAGCAUCCCAGAGGCGAAUGGGACUCCCCUGGUAUCUAUGGCGGUCUGCCGGUCGACCCGGGAAUUGUGGAGAGAUAUAUGUGGCUGUCAACUGAGACUGCGCAGAAGAUUCAAGAUGAGUACAGGGCAUACAGUGGAGUCUACGGUGAUAGCGCGGAUACUGGCUACUUGUAUAUUGAUGAUGAUGAUCCGGAUAAUGAGCUUUGGCUGAAGCUCUCACGUCCUCUCAGACCUAUGACAUCGUUUGAGAUGAAAACCUCGGACGUAAGCUAA